ACUAAUUUCAGCAAGUUAACAAUUUUAAGUUGAACAACUCCACUUCAAAUUUUCUCACUCUAAAAUAUAUUACUUCUCUCUCUAAAAAUCACCUUCAACAGCAAGCACAACUCACCAAGUAUUUAGCAAGCAAAUCAAGCGGUUACGAAAUCUCUCAAUAAAUUCUCUCCUCUCAUUUUUUGGUUCUCUCUCCUCAUUUCUGGAAUAUUUUGGGCGAAUUUCUGGAAAUUUGAUUUUGAAGCAGAGCAAAAAUGGCGUUGACUAAGAGCUUGAGUUUCUCAUUAGGAAGGAAGAGGAUUUUGAUUUCUAAUGAUAGCUGUGAUUUGGAGCAAUUUUGUGCUGAUUUUGAGCAGUAUUCUCCUAUUACGAAACGACAGUGCUACUUUACUAGUAGUGGUGAUGAAGAUGACGAAACGUUUCGUUUGAAGAAUGCGAAUUCGAAUUCGUUGCUUGAAGCUCUUCCUCAGGAGAUUCUGAUUAAGAUUGUUUGUGGUGUGAAUCAUGAUGACCUAAAACAGCUUUUCUUAGUUUCUAAAACAAUUCGCGAUGCGGCGAUUAUCGCGAAAAAAUCGCAUUUCGAAUUCACAACUCCGUUGAAGACGAAAGCAUUUAGAAAUUCAAUUGAUUUGGUGAAUAGUCCAUUAGAUUUGGAAGAAAUUGAAGCUCCAAAUGCGCCGAAACAAGCUCGAAAGAUGAAUCGACCUCGAAUUAGUAAGAAAAGAUUGAGUGACAUUUCCGUCGCUUUGUUCUCCGACAAAGGAGAAGAUGAACAGAGGUGGUCUAGAAGGAGUUUAUUCAUGGAAACCGACACUUAGGUUUGAUUAUUUUUUUUGUUUUAUGGUUUGAUUUAAUUGAAGUUUAGGUUUUUGUUUUUUUACUGUAAAUUAUGAGGCUAUUUUAUUAAUUUUAAAUUUGUAGAAGUGAGGAUUUAAUGAGUUAGGCAAGCCAUUAUUAGGUUCUUAUUCAUUUUUGUUCUUCAAUUCUUCCAUUGAAGAUAGUAGUGGCUUGUCUUUCUUUGUAACAAUAAGUGUUCUGUAAUUGUAACUAUGGAAAUUUGGUGUAAAUAGAAAAAUGCGGUUUUAUUUAUUUAUGAAGCAGUAAAUUUGAGA